CGAAUAUGCGGAAAUUACACUGAUAUCCCACCUGGAUGGGGAGAGGAAAAGAUGUCGGCAAACGAAAUCGCGCUGCUUGUUGUCGGAAUUCUUGUGGAUAUUUUGAUAAUAAUAAUCCUAUUUCUUAUUUCGGUGUGUAAAUUUAAUGACGAAAUUCGAUUCUGGUAUGAUAGCAAAAUGAGAGAAACCAUGCCACCGUACAAGAAAGUAGCCGACUACUUGCGGGGAAUGGAACAUGAAUCUGGCGGUUUCAAAAAACGGGAGCCCUCUUAUUCCAGCUCCGUAUCCGAGAUGGAACCAGCAUAUGAACUGUUGGAAGAAAGACCCACAAUAGUGUCAGCGCAUGAAAGGGACAGGUCGUUGAAAUCGAGUCACAGUGGAUAUACAUCGCCAAUGCGGACUUUUGGCAUCGAGCAAGGAGACGAGCGGAAGCCAGCUGCCUCACUUGUGCAUUUCUACCGUUCGCCUAGCGUUCGAUCUCCUCAUCACAGCCUCGAUCUCUCUCAGCAUGAAGCACCGUAUCAUCGAGGUUCAGAAAUCUCCCCAAGUAAAGAGAAACCCCAGGUGGCAAGGAAAGCAAGGCCGCGACCACCAAGAAGACGAGGUCGAACGAGGCGUCACCCAUCGAGUUCAGCAUUCUUACCAAUCUCCAGAGCCCAGUGGAGAGAGCGACUCCUGUAUAAAUCGGACAGCGGAAGUUCAUCUCCUUCCGGAAUCAAAAUGAGGCGCGUAACAGCUGCACCGGAAAUUUGUCAGACGAGGACGAUGCCCAGCUGGGACCCCAAGAAGAAGUGACUCGAUGAUUUGUCUUCAAAAAUAUGUUCUUGACACAGGCUUAAGUGCUGUUAAACUGCUUUCAGAAGAGAACCACUUGCUGUAACAAAGGGAUAUGAG